AUCCAUUUUAGGAUCUAAUUUUGAAAAGUAGCCCAGUGGAAAUGUAGUUUUACACUUGCGCCUUAUAAAUUCUGGUAAUUCCAUUUUUCCCUGAACAUCUUGAUCUUUCUUCAAUUUACACCCGCGUGGGUCUCACUUAAUAUUUUUCUCUGCGGUCGUCUCCUCCUCCUCCUCCGCAGCAACAAGCACACACUUGUUAACUUCUGUUGCAAACUGACCACCUUCAACGCCAAAACCCUAAGCCCCCAGAAGAGCUAAAAUGCACAUAUUCUUAGCUUAUUCGUCCAAUUUCUUCAAACCCAAAUCCAAAACUCUGAAACCCAUCACAUUCAUCCUCUGCAAUCUCACUUCCACAAGACCCAUGUCCCAGUCCACCUCCAUACCCAAGAAGCAAGAAAGAGUCCGAGACCAUGGCUACGACAAUUACAUGGAGGUUGAGAAGAAGACCCGCAAGGUCCUCAAAUUCCAGGACCUCAUUCUCUCCCAGCCUAACCAAGUCAUCCAAAUCUCCCGCCUCGACCUCCUCGCUCGCCGCCUCGGUUUCAAACAGAACGAAGCUGGUGCUUUCGUCCUCAAAUUCCCUCAUGUCUUUGAGAUUUACGAGCACCCAGUUCAGAGAAUCCUUUAUUGUCGCUUAACCCGAAAAGCCCACCUCCAGAUUGAGCAGGAAAAGAAGGCUCUCAUCGACCAAAUCCCUGACGCCGUGACCUGUCUCAGAAAGCUUUUGAUGAUGUCUAACACCGGCCGGCUCCGCCUCGAGCAUGUUCGGAUUGCAAGGGCUGAAUUUGGGCUGCCUGAUGAUUUCGAAUACUCGGUAAUUAUCAAGUACCCUCAGUAUUUUAGACUGUUUGAUGCGCAGGAAACUAGGAAUAAGUACAUUGAGGUUGUUGAGAAAGACCCGAGUUUAUCUGUGUGUGCUAUAGAGAAGCUUAGGGAGAUAGAGUAUAGGGAAAAAGGAAUUGAUGCUGAGGAUAUAAGGUUCUCAUUCAUUGUGAAUUUUCCACCCGGGUUUAAGAUAGGAAAGUAUUAUAGGAUUGCAGUGUGGAAAUGGCAGAGAGUUCCUUAUUGGUCACCGUAUGAGGAUGUUUCCGGUUAUGACUUGAGGUCACUUGAGGCUCAGAAGAGAAUGGAGAAGAGAGCAGUUGCUGUGAUUCAUGAGUUGUUGUCGUUGACGGUGGAGAAGAAGAUUACAUUGGAGAGGAUUGCCCAUUUUAGGAUGGCUAUGAAUUUGCCAAAUAAGUUGAAAGAAUUUCUUCUUCAGCAUCAGGGUAUUUUCUAUAUUUCAACUAGAGGAAAUCAUGGGAAGCUUCAUACAGUGUUUCUUAGGGAGGCUUAUAAGAAGGGUGAGUUGAUAGAGCCGAACGAUUUGUAUUUGGCGAGAAGAAAAUUGGCUGAGUUGGUUUUAAUAAGCCCGAGGAAGGCAAAAGUGGAUAGGGAAUUGGUUAGUUACCACAGAGAUUGGGAAGAUGAUGAGAGAGGUCAUAUUAGAAGAGACCAUGUUGAGAAUUCUUUUGAAGAUUUUGGAGGCGGGAACACCGUUGGGCAGGAGGAUAGGGGCGUGGAUGGUGAUAUGAACUCAGAUAUGGGUGGUGAUUAUGACUCCGAUUGAUGAGGAUGAUCAUUAUAAAACUAUGGAUGCAAAGGAUGCCCAUGUGAGACGGAAUUGGUAUUUGCUACUUGAGUCAUCACAGUCAUGGAAAUUGCAAUGAGUAGGUGGAGAAUCGACAAUGACAUCAUCUAACCUUGAGCGUAUUUGAAACACGGUGAUUGAGGGUAUCAUUUAUGGCAAGCAGGAUUUCUUAUUCAUGGACAACACCUCAGAUGGAGUUGGAUUCUUGAAAAUUGGUGGGCAAAGUUUUGAUGCCAGAUAGCCUUGUCGUCAUCUUCGGAACUCGAAGAGAUCCGAGAAAGUUUGAGGUGAGUUACAAAUUUUGAAAGUGGCCAUUUGGUCACUACCAUGCUGUUCUACCUUAUCAAUCUGAAAGAAACAAUUUGGAAGCAUAUAAAGAAAAUGAAGUUAAGCACGAGUCUUUAAGAAUUAGAAGAGAUUUGCUUUAGGAGAUUGCUCGUGCAACUUUCUGAAUUGAACUUAAACCAUUGCCACUAA